AAUUUGUCAGCUGCUUGUUGGGCCACAAAGGAUUUCAAUUGAUUGGACCAUAUCUUCCGUCGUAUUCUUCAAUUCUGCACCACCACAUAAACUCAUUUGCACUACCCAGCUCGUUUGACCAAGUGACCCCUAAUGGACUCCCAUCCAAACGAACCAGACGAUCCACUCACCCCCGCCGGCCGCCUCUUCCUCCACCCGGAGAUGAACGUCAUAAUCCACUGUGUGUUCGGCUUCAAAAACCCCAUAGACGUGGCCCAAGCCAAGUCCACAAUCAGAGACUCCCUCAUGGUUCAACACCCUCGAUUCUCCAGUCUCAUGGUCCGUGACUCCCGUGGCUUUGAACAUUGGAGAAAAACGCACAUCGACAUCGACCGCCACGUCAUCGUCGUCUCUCAGGAUCACAACAUUGUAUCCGUCAAUGACUACGUGGCGGAGUUGUCAGUGAGUUCCCCGCUCAGUUACGACAAGCCCUUGUGGGAGAUUCACGUGUUGGAAGGUCACAAUUGUGCUGUGUUUAGAAUUCAUCACGCUCUGGGCGAUGGGAUUUCGUUGAUGUCCAUGUUGUUGGCCAGCUGCAGACUGGCGGCGGACACUGAGGCGUUGCCGACGGUGGGAGUUGCCGGGAAUCGGAGAGAUAAUAGUUUGGGAAGGAAUUGGAGAGAGAUUGUGGGGGGGUUUGUGAAAAUGAUUUGGUUCAGUUUGAUGUUUUGUAUUGAAUUUGUGUUGACAAGUUUGUGGGUUUGCGAUCGGAAAACGGCGAUCAGCGGCGGCGCCGGGGUGGAGCUCUGGCCGAGGAAGCUGGCAACCGCCACGUUUGUGUUGGAAGAUAUGAAAGCGGUAAAAAGGGCCUUUGAUAAUGCGACCAUCAAUGACGUUCUUUUUGGAGUGGUGUCAUUUGGAUUAUCAAGAUACCUGGAUCACCGAUCACCAAAUGUAGCUCUACCAGAGGGACUUCGGAUUACGGGCGUAGCCAUGAUUAAUUUAAGACAGCAACCAGGAUUGCAGGCUCAGGAAUUAUCCGAAAUGAUGAAAAGAAAGAAAUCAGGAUCACGGUGGGGGAACAAAUUUGGCAUACUUCUUCUACCUGUUUAUUAUCACAAAGCCGGUCCUGAUCCCCUAGCGUAUUUGAGGAGAGCUAAGGCAAUGAUCGACAGGAAGAAACGGACUUUAGAGGGUCAUUUUUCAUACAGAAUUGGUUAUCUUGUAAUGUCUUGGUUUGGAUCAAAGUUUGCUUCAAUGCUGAAUUACAGGAUUGUUUGCAAUACCAGCUUCACAAUCUCAAAUUUAGUUGGUCCACAGGAAGAAAUUACACUUGCAGGCAACCCUGUAACUUAUAUCAGGGCGAACACUAGUAGCAUAGCCCAUGCAUUGACAAUGCACGUGGUGAGCUAUGCAGGAAGAGCUGAUAUGCAAAUCCUGGUUGCCAAAGACAUCAUCCCUGACCCAGAAUUUCUUGCCAAGUGUUUCGAAGACGCGUUGCUUGAAAUGAAAGAGGCAGCCACAGCAGCUGAAGUCUCCAACAAGAUUUAGGGUAGGGGGAGAUUGCAGUUCAAUCAUACAGAAAAGAUUUGUUGAAGAAUUUGUGUACGGGUAUGUUAUACAAGAGAGGUAAACAGGAAAAAGACGAUAUACUCUUUGAGUCUUGAGGACUGACUGACUGAUUUGUCAAUACCAUUACCUCCGCAUAAGAAUUAUAAAGGUUUUAUAUUAUUUGUUUUAGUGAAUUAUAUAAGCAUUUCUAACAUGUUAAAUCAAUGUUUUUAACUUUCUAAUAUUUAA